UAUUAUAAUGAAAGAGCGUGCGAGACAUGCAUAGAACGCGGUGGAUUACAUUUCUAUGGCGCGGCCAUUCAACGUUUUCCAGGUAUUUCAGGAAUAGCAAGAUGAUAGCUAAUAUAAUAAAAGUUGAGAAUAAACGAUGAAAACAUCGUGAAUCCUGCCAUUGGCUGUGGUGGUUGCUAAGGUGUAACGUUAUGUUUCUCCGUUGCUGCAUCGCAUCUGCUUUGUAACAUCAGCGGAAACUGUUCAAAGCAGCUAUAGCAGGACCGAACAUGACAGCCGGUUGCAUUGUGGUGCCUCAUCACACCGAUUCGAAUCCCCCCUCCUGCCUUGUCACCAAGCUAUUUCUGGUGGAGUAUGUGCCCUCAGACGAGCCACCUUCCAUUGAGGACAAGGAAGAGAACUUUCUGAAGGAGUAUGAAGGAGGCCUCCCUAGACAGGAGAUGGGGACAGAGAACGGUUCUGGAGAUGCCUCACUGAAGCUUCAAGACUGCAAGCUUGGAAGACAGUCCUUUCAAAAACCUAACCAGCACUCAAUGUCAAGGAUCCAAAGGGAGACAGACUGUCUGAGGUGUGCUAAGUGCUUGAGCCAUCGCCCCUCAGACCCCUUUGCCCGAUUUUGUCUGCAGUGUGGCAUCGCUGUGCCGCCUGUGCCAGGCCAGAGGCUGCCACCCACAGAGGGCAGACAGAUGGGCUUGUGUGUCCACUGUAAAACAAUGGUAAACAAUGGCCUGUCAACACCCCCACAUGUAUGGUAUGUGAGGCCUCCAGCUCCAGCCUCAGGCCAGACUAAAAACUCCAAGAUCAAAGGGGACCCCGACUUCUUACCGUGAAAGAGCGCCAUCGGUGGCAUGACGUCAGGGAUGAGGUCAGCCUCCGACAGCAGGCUGGGCGUGGCUGAGUGGGAGGCGGGGGUGCCGGGUGCAGAGAAGUCCGGAGAGGGCGACGGCGAGGGGCUGGUGAGUGGCGUUCGGUCCGAUGAGCUCAUUGAGGAGAAGUCCACCACCUCACCUUUCUCCAGGACCAAGUCGGGUCUCCGCCCGCCGCCACGGCCGCUGAACUUGACAGGCGUGGAGGAGGCGCUGUGAUCCAUGUACCCUGCCGCCUCCUUCUGCGCCCGCCGGAUGUCCUUCGCCUCGUGGGUGCGUGAGCGCUUUUCUUUCAGCUGCAUGGCGCUUUCCACCGGAUUCCGGCCCACGCGCUUCCGUAAGCCUUCCACCGUGAUGAUGGGGUCCAGGGUUGGCUUGGAGGCGGCUGAGAAAGUAACAAACGCCAGCUAAGCAAAUUGUUAAACAAAAAGGGCUCUAAAUGCUCAAUCAAAAACACAUGCAUGUACAGUCGCCUGGAGGGGUGAAUUUAUUUUAUACAACAGUAGCUGCUUAUCCCUCAAAAGCAUAUAAUUGAUUCACACAACAGACUUUGCACAAUUCUGCAAACUGCUUAGGGUUAACUACCUCUAACAAUAGAAGUGUGAAUUUAUCCCUGUCAUUUUUAAAGUCAUAUCCCUCCUUGACUUUUCCUAAAUAAGUCUAUUUAACACACUGACGUUAUUAUAAUUUCUUUUAUCACCAAAUAAUAUUUUGGUUGUGUCUGAAAAUGUGAAAACUUAAGGUUAUUUAUGAGUGUUCUGCAGUUCACCUUUAGACUUUAGGGAGGCCACCGAGGACUUGUCUCCAUCUGGGCGCAGGGUGGGUGGACGAUUCUGCACCAGCUUCCACCAGCCCGGCUCGCCAAACUCCUGGGCCCCUGAGCGGAAGAACGUGGGGCUCCCCACCGACAAACAGCCCGCCACUGUGCUCCACCAUGUGGAAGUCUUCUUUCUGCAGGUGAAGUAGGAAGGUCCAGUGUCUCCCAAUAAAGGCACAGAUGUCCUCCUUCCAUCUAAAGUAGCCUUGACGCCCCGUGCCCUCCAACGAAAGGUUGUACAUGGCCAACAUAACCACCUGAAAUAAAACAGAAAACAAAUCGAACUGCAAUGAAAACCAGGAAAAUAAAAUAUGACAUUCGUCCAGUACUCAUUUCAGAGUGCUGUUGCCCAGAACAAAUAUAAUCACUGAAAUAAAGUCUACAGCAAUAUAC